GUCUUCUCUGUGGUUCGAAAACUAGCCAAUCAAGAAAAACUCAAUAUUUCCAUUAAAAACAAGCCCUUCUGAACUAAUACGAUCGAAAAAACGAAGUGUGAUAAUAAAUAUUAGAUAUAUAAGUUCGAAUAACGUGUAAAAUUUUGUGCGAAAGGUAUUUUAGUUAAGCAAGUGAAAAUAGUAACAUUACAUAAUGCCGUUGCUUCGACUGACUUCGGGUGGUUUUGGGCAGCUGCGUACUUUCGCUACGUCAGCGGCCCUAGGGAAAAGAAUGAAGACAUUCGCCGUGUACCGCUGGAACCCGGACGAGCCUGACAAAAAGCCGUACACGCAGAAUUAUGAGGUGGAUCUCGAUGACUGUGCGCCCAUGGUUCUUGACGCACUACUUAAAAUUAAAAACGAAAUGGAUCCGACCUUGACCUUCCGUCGCUCAUGUCGCGAAGGUGUCUGCGGCUCCUGCGCCAUGAACAUCGACGGUGUAAACACACUUGCAUGCAUUAGUCAUAUUGACAAGAAUCUGUCCAAACCAUCGAAAAUCUAUCCCCUUCCUCACAUGUAUGUUGUGAAAGACCUGGUACCAGACUUGAGCAACUUCUAUCGUCAGUACCAAUCUAUAGAACCAUGGCUGCAACGUGACAAGGAAGCUGUUAAGGGUAAGGAGACACAGUUGUUACAGGAUGUAGAAGACCGUGCUAAGCUGGACGGCUUGUAUGAAUGCGUACUCUGUGCUUGUUGUUCUACAAGCUGUCCCUCUUACUGGUGGAACGGAGACAAGUAUUUAGGCCCUGCUGUACUCAUGCAGGCAUACAGAUGGAUUAUAGAUUCUCGAGAUGAUGCUACGGACAAACGUCUUUCAAAGUUAAAAGAUACAUACUCUGUAUACCGUUGUCAUACCAUCAUGAACUGCACUAGGACAUGUCCGAAAGGCUUGAACCCCGGCCGUGCGAUUGCUCAGAUUAAGACAUUGCUUUCUGGUAUUGUUAAGAAGCAACCUCCGAUCAUGGAUCCCGCAGGCUUGGAGAAACAAACAGCGCAGAACUAGGCAAAUAUAAUAGAUCUAAAGUGUUAUUUGACUUGUACUUAAGGUACAAUAGAAGAUUUAGUAAAUAAGAAUGACCGAUAUACAAAAGUUAAGCAAUACUAAACAUUUUUAGACUUCUUUUUCCUUCAAGAAAUGUCAAAUCAUAGACAAUAAUAGGACAUAUGAAUUUGUUUUUUAUAAUUUAUUUUUAUUAUUGACUUUCUACUCAGAAACUUGACUUGCAUGAUUCAAUUAUUAAAAACAUAACAAAAAUGAAAUUAUAUUAAAAGUAUUAUUUUUUUUCAUCAAAUCACUUAAUUUAUUGUCAUUCAAUGUGAUCUA